GUAUUUUUUUUGUAUUGUGCAAGGAAAAAUGCCGAUUGACAGAGGACGAGCUCGGCAAAGAAACCGCAAUACAGGCGCGCCGGAAAUUCUCCUAGAAAACCACUUACAAAAGCUUCUCAAGGAGCAGGAGCUACUUCACCAGCUGCUGAUUAGCAAUCGUCCCGGAAAAACCCAGUUGGAAAAUCUUGGCGGCGAAAGUAUCCAUGAGAUCGAUGAUGAAAAUUUGCCAUGUUUUCAGGAGGCGGUGGGGGAGGAGCGAAAGGAGCUUAACAACAAUCCAAUUCUCGCCGAAAUGGUGGACUCAUCGAGUCCUUCGAAAUUAGAAGAUCUUCCAAAACUUCCAUCACGAAGGUAUGCAUACCGCAGAAACCAAAGCUUGAUCCCAACGCCUAUUUCAGUGGGCAACUGCACACAACCCAAGCUAAUGGAACAGGGCUUCGACACGCCCUUUCUAUACCCCGAUUUUAUUUCACAAAACGAGGAAAAUCGUGUAAAGUACCUCUUCAGUUUGGUGGAUAGUCUGGUACUGCAAACAGAGCGAAUAUUUAAAUUGAGCGAGCAUUCUAUGGCCAAAGAAAACAUUAAAAACCCCUCCACUGGAGCUAUACCCAAAUCCAGGCCUAAACAGGAAUUCCAAAUAGAUCAGAUGGGCCAUGCAAAAUACACGAUUACUGUCAAAUCUCGUUUUAAAGAGCCAAAGCAACACAAUCCAUCUAAAAAACAUCGUUUGGCCAAAAGUAAGAUAAAUUCGUAUAAUAAAUUGCCAGACAUAAUCGAUUUAGAUUGUGAGUUCGGAAUGGAGUAUAUAGAAAAGUUUCGAGCCAACAACAUUCGAGAUGAAAAUAAGGCCGAGGGCGUGUCCGAUACUGGUCAAGAUAUAUACACUGAUGCUACGGAUUCGAUUGAAAUAGUGACAGAGGAUGAAAAAAGUUAUUUUGGUAUAGACGAAUCCCUGAUAACUGUUAUUCCGAACUCCGAAUACCGUGAUGACACAUUGUUUCUUGAAAUUGAGAUGGCCAAAUCAUUCAAAACACAGAGAAAAUGUAAGAAAAAAGACACAAAAGAGCCAAAGCAACACAAUCCAUCUAAAAAACAUCGUUUGGCCAAAAGUAAGAUAAAUUCGUAUAAUAAAUUGCCAGACAUAAUCGAUUUAGAUUGUGAGUUCGGAAUGGAGUAUAUAGAAAAGUUUCGAGCCAACAACAUUCGAGAUGAAAAUAAGGCCGAGGGCGUGUCCGAUACUGGUCAAGAUAUAUACACUGAUGCUACGGAUUCGAUUGAAAUAGUGACAGACGAUGAAGAAUGUUAUUUUGGUGUAAACGAAUCCCUGAUAACUGUUAUUCCGAACUCCGAAUACCGUGAUGACACAUCGUUUCUUGAAAUUGAGAUGGCCAAAUCAUUCAAAACACAAAGAAAAUGUAAGAAAAAAGACACCACCGUUUAUCGACCAACAACACCCAUCACUAGACCCUCUACUCCCAUUGAUGAUGAUGUUCCCAGUACAUCGGCACAUGCAAAAUUUUAUCAGCAAUUUAAAGAUCCAUUGGAUCCCGAGAAGAGCGAAUCAAGUGUCUUAAACAUGUGGCAGUUAUUAACAGCCAAAGAAUUUAAUAGGGAAAAACGAAGGCAGCAACAAGCACAGAAGUACAAAUAUGGAAAAUUACAACCUUUAGAUCCAAAAUCCGAUAUGAAACCAAAGAAGAAAUCUGUGUCUAUAAACAGGCCAAACAUGUGCUCAAAAUUCUGUAGCGAAUAUAAAACGAAAAAAGAAUGGUUUAAAGCGGUACGCAAGUUUAAAAAGGAUCAGUACCUAUCAUUUUAUGGACCACAAGAUCUCUCCGAGCCCAGGAAAAAAUUGACCGAAGAAGUACAGUGUAACAUUCAACGCAGACUUUUCGAUGUUAUCAGUAACCAAACCAAGCCGGUACAACCCAAACCCAUGCCAAAAAUAAACAUACCCCAUCGGCCUGUUGAAGAAAAAAAGGUCCCAAAACAAGUUCCCGAUAAGGAUACCAAGUCACUAGACAGGGGUGAGUGGUUAAAGAAUCUUUUAAUAGACAGAGUUCGGCUGAGUCGUCAAAAGCUGAAUAUGGACCAUUUGAUACCACCAGAGAAUCCUCUAAAAGCCAUUUACUUACCGAUUCUCCGUCAAGUUGAGCCCUUGAAAAUACAUCAUAAGAAAUCAAAGCCAUUAAACAAAAAACCUACUAGCUUUGGUUCGCAAGCUUCACUUGCUACUAUAUUUUACGAUGCCAAACACACGAUGUCAAGGACCCCUAGCUCAACCGCUUUGCGCGACGAUUUAGUCGACGAAACGGAUAACGUUUUCAGCUGUCAAGGACCAAGCGAUCUACAUAUUUUUAGCAGCCUAUCAAAAAUCGAGGAAAUACAACCACUUCAAAAAAAAAUCGAUAAGUCAACUACAGAGGAUAUACCCGAAGAAAUUGUAGAUUUUAGGAGAUUCAUCGAUAUAGAUGGCGUAUCGCUACUCAUCCUGCAUCUAAUGUCAAAUAUGAAACCCAAAAAGGACAUACAUCUUUUCGAAUUCAAUCCCAAGAUUACUAAUUAUAUGGAUUACUUUUACUGGAAACAUUUAAAGGACGAUUGUCUAUUCUUUCAUUGGUUCGUCAGCGAGGGGUUUUUUCCCGCUCAUUAUCUUAUUAAUGUGAAAAAUUCCAAGGAACUGGAAAACGUUUCAGAUGAGCAGAUAGAUGAGGAGAUUAUGCAGUAUAUAGAUGUGGCAAAUGACGCUUGCAACAAGGAAAUACAUUUAACAAGGCAAAUGGCACACCUAAUGGUGACCUCUUAUUUUCGAGUUUUACAUCAUAGAGCCACAUCGGUUGAGUACCCUAUCCAAGAUAGAUAUUUGCUCAGAUGUCGCUCGGCCAUUUCUGUAGUUGAACUCUAUCAACAGGAGAGAGGUCGAAAUAUAUUGAAAAAUCCGGUCGAUUGUAAGCGACUUAUGAAUUGGGCCAUCAAACACGAGGGUCGCGUUAAACAGCUGAUCGACGAGCCUUUGUACUAUGCCGAGCAACGGGCUAGCAUUGAUUCCUCCCUGGUUAUACGUACCCCAAAUUUGGAGUGCUUUAAGGAUUUUUACACUCGUCACGUAUUGCCCAAACCUGAUGCACUUGCCAUUAAUUCCAUGUCCAACAAAAUGCGUUAUCCGAGAAAUAGAACAUAUCCACAUAUGUCGUUUGUGUGCCCUAUUCCUGGUUGCGAAACGAUUCUGUGCUCCGAGAUUCUUAUGGCACACUUUUUGUCCGAUCAUUGUCGACGAUUGGAAGAACUUUGGCUUACAGAUCGUAUGAUUCUACUGUUCUCUCCGUGUUCCUAUCCCCCAAAUCAGAUUUACUGUAUUUGUGUGAUCGCCUUGUUGGCCAAAAUUCCCGGACAGACGGUCCCGAUACCCCGUGUUGUAUUUAACGAGGAAUUACCCACGAAAUAUCUAUACUUUGCUGAACAUGGAGCAUGUUUCCUUAUGUUCGCUCCGGUUUCAAGAUUAUUAGUUGAAGGAAAGGCGACGCCUAAACCUUCCGCGGAAAUAGGUGUUGAGAAGCAGCAACUAGACACUUUGUAUAUAUUUUGGCUAGCUAUUGCCGAUUAUGAACUAGAGGUUGCGGGAUGUCGACUUCUUGUGUAUGGCCGGAAUCGCAGUGUCAAGGCUAGAUCUCUAUUGACGUUUGUGAAAAUGUCCACGUUUAAAGGUGUAAACGAUUUGCUUGUAAAUCAUCCAGAUAGCUAUCUGGCCAUCGACUAUGAGGCAAUGGCGACGGUGACAAACAAUUUUAAGGAGCUUAUUUUUAUCGAGGUACGAUACAUUAAUAAGUUGAAUGAGGAUCCCAAUAGUUCUGGUGAUGACAAUUAUGAUGCUUAAAUUACAGGAAGAACCUUUUUAUAAGACACCUUGAAGGAUAUUUGCAGGCAAUCUGCUUAUCAUUUUAAUACAUACUUUAAUUAUAUUUUAUACUUCUCAAUAUUGCUCAAUAAAAACACUUGUGGUGGCGGGUAU